CAGAGAGGCAGAAAGCUCCAUACACAUCAGUUAUUAGCUGUAGGAAGACAAGAGCGAGAGAGGACAUACUGUAACAGGAUAAAAAGACAGAAAAAAAAUAGAAAGAGAGGGGAAAAGAAAAGAAAAGAAAAGAAGAAACUAAAGACCAAGACAUAAAGAAGAAAGUGAAAAGCUGAGGAAGUUGUUGCUCAGCUGGGAAUCCAUUCAGCACACUGUAGAGACUUGUCCAAGUGAACAGACAAAACCAGUGUGACUGGGAGUCUACUGGGAGUUCGGACUGGUUUCAACCCAAAGCGAGCACACUGCCAAGCACCAUGGCCGACAACGUGAACGAGGAGUCGGAUUAUAACCCGGGAAAAGAUGAGCUGGACUGGGGCUACGAGGAAGGUGUAGAAUGGGGACUCCUUUUCCCAGCAGCCAACGGCGAGUACCAGUCUCCCAUUAACUUAAACUCCAGGGAGGCUCAGUAUGACCCGUCCCUCCUGGAUGUCGGCUUAUCACCAAACUAUGUGGUGUGUCGAGACUGUGAGGUCAUCAACGAUGGACACACCGUCCGCAUCAUUCUCAAGUCCAAGUCAGUGGUUACCGGGGGUCCGUUGCCCAGUGAUCAUGAGUAUGAGCUUCAUGAGGUUCGAUUCCACUGGGGCAAAGAGAACCAGAGAGGAUCAGAGCACACUGUCAACUUCAAGGCUUUCCCUAUGGAGCUCCAUCUGAUUCACUGGAACAGCACUCUGUUUAACACUUUGGAGGACGCUCUUGGGAUGAAGAACGGAGUCCUCAUCAUAGCUCUUUUUGUGCAGAUUGGUAAGGAGCAUCUGGGUCUGAAGGCCAUCACUGAAGUUCUACAGGACCUGCAGUACAAGGGGAAGAGCAAGAUAAUCCCCUGCUUCAACCCCAACACUCUGUUACCUGACCCUUUACUGAGAGACUACUGGGUGUAUGAAGGAUCUCUGACCACCCCGCCUUGUAGUGAAAGUGUGACCUGGAUUCUCUACCGCUACCCUCUCACCAUCUCACAGUCACAGAUUGAGGAGUUUCGGAGGCUGCGGUCCCAUGUCAAAGGGGCGGAGCUACAGGAAGGGAAUGAUGGGAUGUUGGGCGACAACUUCCGUCCCACCCAGCCGCUCAGUGACCGGACGGUUCGUGCCGCCUUUCAGUGACUCUCGCUUUCCACUGCAAACUCAGAAAAACUAUGGGACCUACAGAUACAAGUGCAGAAGGAGAGAAGGAAGAAGAGGUGUGAAGCGAGGAAUGGAAAAAGAGGGAGAGAGAAAAAGUUAAUGUGGUGGUAGAUCAGCUGCAGACUGAAGGUGGACAAACUAUUGAUCUCACACCUUCAUUGUAUGCUUUUGUUCAGUGUGUGUGUGUGUGUGUGCGUGUGUGCGCGUGUGUGUGUAGGUGUGUCCUCUUCCGCUUAACCUCUCU